AACAACUCCAGAAUUGUAUUUUCCUAUUUUUGCUAAUCGUAAAGAAUCGACUCAAUUCCAGAGACCUUUUCUAGCGCUGUUCCGGUCCCCGGGACCUGCAGUCAUUCGAUUUGAAUUUGACUCUUGGAGUGAAAAGAUGUCAUCGAUCAACAUAGUUAUGCAGACUUGGCCUAAAUUGUCUGUUUGUUUGCUGUUCGGUCUAUUGGCAGGUUUUAUCGUAUGGACGAUUGUAAGUGACCCAAAAACAAACGAUUAUAAAAGAAACGACUCUUUCAAUUUCUAUAGGGCUUAAACCUAAAUCAUGUUUGUCUUUCUCUCUUCAUUUUUCCUCUUUUUUUUCUUUUUACGAUUGAUUUUAUUGUUUAACUUAAGUUAACUGUAUUCCAGGAACGCAAGAAAAACCCAGAAAAUUUUCCAGCCAAGUUUCCGCAUGGUGCUCUAGUGGGCAUAUGGUGGUCAUUCGUUACCAUGACUACUGUAGGGUACGGCGAUAAGACAACCCGCACUUUCUGGGGUCGUAUGUUCGCAGUGUUUUGGAUGRUUCUCGGGACUAUUGUAAUGUCCAUGUUUACUGGUCAAAUCACAGCUAAUAUUACGUCCAGCGAAAUAGCUACUGUUGACUCGAUGGACACUAAGGUUGGAGUUCCGACAGGAAUGAAAACAUUUUUUGAGCAGGAGUUCAACCUCGGCGCUCGAUAUUUUGACAUGAAUUACAGCAAAAUGGAAGAAGAUGCAAUGUUAGGGAAUUCAAACAUGGAAUUUUACUUGCUGCACGAUUACCAGGUGGCAAAACAGUGGUUGAGAUCAUCAAAAGAAGUCAAAAUAGUCAAAAGUGUUGACCAUCAGUUUGGCAUUGGGAUGUUAGUAACUGGUGACUUUGAUCCUCUGACAAGCAUGUUAACCUGCAUACAAAGAGAAGUCACUGAUUUCUAUCAAAUCGAAAUGGCCAACCAAAAGCUGCAAGCCCACAACUCAUCUUUCCCGCCACAAGAGUCGGGCAUCGCUUCUCAACACGUUCUCCUGAUUGCCACUGCUAGUUUGCUCGUACUUUUAGUAGUGAUGGGUUUCCUGUGUGAAUGGCUUAGGAAAGGAAAAACAGCAAGAGUAUCAGAUGUGGAAUCCCAAGUACCAAGACCUGCAUUUUCGACAACGAUUCCAUCAUUUUUUUUGUCGAGUCAAGAACUUCGUCCAAUAAACUCGAAUAUUAAAAAGUAAACCGGCUCUGAAUCAAUGCUAUGAGAUGCGAUUUCGAAAGAUAUUAUCAUUCUUUAUUCCUUUUAUAUAUGUUCAGUGUUCUCAGUUUGUUCCGACAUUAACAACUCUUUGAACUUCUAAACGUCUUUAAAUGCCUUCUGAUUUUGAGACAUUCAUGAAAGAGAAAAUUCGACUGAUCUCAGCAAGUUCAUCUUCAGUUUCAUUGAAAGAUGAGAUAAAUCGCGUUUAGCCUGUGAAUAUAUUUGCUUCUGCAAUUUAAUGCAGUCCGCCCAUAGCAUGGUAAAUAAUGGGUGAACUAUUUCUAAUUACAGUAAAGGCGCGAUUACACAGAGCAUUUUUCUCUGCAACUUGUGGCAAGAGUGAUUGCAAAAUGCAAAGGAGACGCUAUCGCUGCCAAAAGUAGAAAAGAAUUCCGUGCAACUUGAUUCCCAACGCCGUUGUAAAAUGACUGAAUCAUGCAAAAUAACAGUCUUAGUGCCUUCAUUAGGUCAAUCAUUCUGGGAGAUCAAUAGAUGAUUUUAUUUUUAUUGGGCGUAAUGUUUACCCAUUGUAGCUGCAGACCACUUGUCGUUCUCUUGAAAAUGAGAUUCUUUGUAAAUUUGAAUUGUAUCUAUCGAUAUUCAUGAAUGCGUCGUCUCAUGCGCAGCUGUUAAAAAGAAAAGAAAAGAAAAUCUUGGGAAUAAUAUACGUGGUCUGAAAUGGGAAAACAUUACGCCCAAGGUAAACGGUCUAUAAUUUAAACUAGUGACUAGACAUUAUCACUUUGUCAUGACCAACUGCUUGAAGCCAUCAGUAAAUAUUCUGUUUAUCAUGGGCACACUUAGUGUUUUGCUAUGUUACAAGUCAGCAGGGGAUCUUUAGUGAGACUCUUCUCGUUAUCACGUCCAAUUAGUUUGCAGUGUGUUGUUUCUAUCAAGAUCGUCACUAGUUACUGACGGGUUUCUAUAGUUUUCCUUCUCAAACCUAACAAGUUCAAUUCCUAUUCGAUGUGUGAAUUUAGCCGUCCCCUGACUUAGAUCAUCAUUGAGGGUUCAAUCCGAGUUAUCCGUGCCCUAACUUAGAUCAGCCCAGAGCUGGUCUCAGGGUUCGAAUUGUGUUACUCGUGCCCUGACUUAUAUAAGUCUAGAUGUUGUUUCAGAGUUCAAUAACAUUUUAAGAUUUGAUGAAUAUAAACGAAGUUUAUUCCA